AUGGCCAGCAUAGAUUACCUGCUGCAUGAAGCAGCGGUCGGCUAUGCCAUCUUCAAGGUCGUCCACCAGCAGAAUGUCGUCGCCCUGCACCAGAAGGAAGUCGCAGCCGCCUCCGCCGAUCUGUCCAAGUUCGGCAAGAUGGUCACCCUCGUGCACUUCGCACCCUGGAGAAACGCGGCCGACGCUCUUGAGCAAAUCCACAUGGUUUCCGAAGGCAUGAUGUCCGAUUACCUCAAGUCUGCGAUCGAGUUGAACAUCCCGCAGGCGAAGAAACAGAAGGUUGUGCUGGGAGUGGCCGACAAGAACCUGGCAGGAUCUAUUCGCGCUGUGUUCCCUGGCGUCGAGUGCGAGACCGGCGAUACGAGCGAGGUGGUAGCCGAUCUCCUCCGAGGUGUCCGCCUGCACGCACCGAAGCUGCUGAAGGGCCUCACCGAGGGCGACGAAGAACGAGCACAGUUGGGUCUUGGACACGCCUUCUCGAGAGCGAAGGUAAAGUUCAACGUGCACAAGAACGACAACCACAUCAUACGUGCUAUAGCCGUACUCGACUCCCUGGAUAAGGGUGUCAAUCUGUUCUCCCAAAAAGUUCGGGAGUGGUACGGCUGGCACUUCCCAGAACUGUACGCCAUUGCUUCGGAUAAUCUCACUUACGCCAAGCUCGCUCUUUUCAUUGGUGAUAAGACGACUUUGGGCGACAAAGACUUCCACGAGCUGGCGGGCAUCGUCAACGAAGAUGAAGAGAAGGCGCAAGCGAUCGUUGAUGCCGCCAAGAUCAGCAUGGGCAGAGACAUCUCGGAUGUCGACAUGACCAACAUCGAAACGUUCAGUGGAAAGGUCGUGAAACUGGUGGAAUAUCGCCGAAGCCUGUACAGCUACCUCGUGGAGAAGAUGAGUACUGUGGCUCCUAACCUGGCGACGUUGAUCGGAGAGGUCGUUGCUGCCAGGCUCAUCCAGAAAGCCGGCUCAUUGACCAACCUGGCCAAGUAUCCUGCCAGCACCCUCCAGAUUCUCGGCGCUGAAAAAGCACUCUUCCGUGCACUCAAGACCAAAAGCAACACACCCAAGUUCGGGUUGAUUUAUCACUCCUCAUUCAUCGGCCGUGCCGCUCAGAAGGACAAGGGUCGCAUUUCCAGAUAUUUGGCCAACAAGGCUUCGAUCGCGUCGAGAAUUGAUAACUUCUCAGAGCACCCAUCCACGAAGUUCGGCGAAGUCCUCAGAGGCCAAGUCGAGGAUCGUCUGGAGUUCUAUGCCACGGGCAAGAAGCCGGAAAAGAACGCGGAUGUGAUGGGCAAAGCAAUGGCAGAUCUCCUGGCUGAGGGCGACGAUAUGGCUAUCGACACCGAGAUGAUUGAUGGACCCCUGCCCUCGACGGGAGACACUCCUAAGGAGAAGAAGCCUAAAGACAAGAAGGAGAAGAAGGACAAGAAAGAGGAGAAGAAGAAGCGCAGGCACAGUGAAGUCAAUGGCACGAUAGACGCCGAGGUUGACGGGGAGAAGAAGAAGAAAAAGAAGAAGAGACACUCGGAGGCCUAG